AUGCCGUUGGGGACCCCUCCCCGGUCGCACCAUGCAAGUGCCAUUGUGCUCUCGCAGGUGUCGUCUUCCAGUUCUGUCAGUUCUGUGGCAAAUGAGGCAAGUGUUCCCAUCGAAGUCCUGAGCGCAGCAUGGAGAAUGAUCUCGCGUUUCGGGCUGCAAGGCAUGACCAUACGUCAACCACGAGACUCAUGGGAGAGCCUUACGAGAGGCAGCCUCGCAAGCAAGGUUCGCAUGGUAGCCGAGAGUAGCGACACGUUGCAGGCUCGGCCUGGCCAGGCCCCUGCUAUCUCAGACGUUGACCUUGCUGAGCUUUCAAAGCUUGACACAGAAGAGGUGUUCUGUGCUCACAUGACUCGUCAUUUGCAAGCUUUCUGCUCUGAUGGCUAUGUCGUUAUCAAUUCCGAACGGUUGGCAUGGACGACCGGUUGGAAGCCUGACUUUUUCAUCGCUCAUAAGAAGUGCUACGAUGCACACAAGCCACCAAAGGGCGCCCGGCUUGGAAGAAAUGCCGCAGACAAAUUUGGGGUUCCUUACCGAGGCUUGCUUGAUUCGCUGCGAGUCUGUGAGGCCAAGUUAGACAUGAAACCCUCGGAUUUGGCAGAGCUGUGGCAGUAUCUGAAUUCGUUACCUGACGGCGAGUCCCGCGGAAUGCUCUUUGACAAGCGCAGUUUUAUCCUCCUGACAGCGGCGGGGAAAUGCCAGCAGAAAUUUCCGACCCGUUUGCUGGAAGGCGAAUGGAGAACCGAAGGUUCCUUCGACGCGGUACGGGCAUUUCUCGCUGUGCAGUCCCACAGCGAGAGAUCCCUGCAUGCUGCCCUGCAGCAUGCCAGCGUGCAGUUGCUCGGUUUUUUGGGCUCUGGUUCCUUUGGACGUGUCUUUCACGUUUACAAUGAGACUCGUGGCAGCUGUGCCAUGAAGCUCGUCAAUGAUGAGAAGCUAGCGCGGGCUGAGGUCGCGAGUUUACAGCAGGCGGUCCAGCAGGGAUGCCCUGUUGCACAGCCUAUCUCUGAAUUAGAAGCAGUGGCACUAGGCAACAGGCACUGCUUUUACUACUUGUCGACUCCUGUUGGCCAGAAGUUGAGCCAGACAGAUGCUGCAACAAGAUUGGAGGAUGUCUUGGAUUGCCUGCAUGAUCUGCACAAAAGCGGGAUUGCCCAUGGAGAUGCGCGAUUGCCCAAUCUCAUCGUGAACGCUGACAGCGAGCUACUUUGGAUCGACUGUUUGCACACAGGGUUAGCCACUUGCGUAACUGUCCAGUCUGACAUUGAAACCCUCGUUCGCAGUCUGGGUGCAAGUGCACAGCUACUGGCGCAGAUCAAUGCCGACUCCCUGUCCAACCAAACUUUCCGAGAGGCUUUGCAGCGGGAUCUGCACGCCUGGACAUAUUGA